AUGUACUUUAUCAACAAGGAUGGGAGAAAGCUUCUCCAGUCUUACACUAUAACCAGAAUAGAAAUCAGAAUUUUGUUAAAUAAAAAAAAUUUAAGUUACACACUAGCAACUAGAGGUGCAAAUAAAUUAUGGCAAUUGUUACAUACAGAACCCUAUAUAGCUGCGUUGGGUGCUCUAACUGGCAACCAAGCUGUUCAAAUGGUUAGGGCUGGUCUUAAAGCUAUUUAUUUGUCAGGUUGGCAAGUAGCUGCUGAUGCAAACACUGCCGGAGAUAUGUAUCCCGACCAGUCACUUUAUCCUGCCAAUUCUGGGCCCGAACUUGCCCGAAAAAUUAACCGAGCAUUGCGACGUGCUGAUCUCGUUGAAUGUGUUGAGGCUGAGGAUUACAAAUCCCAACGUGAUUGGUAUGUUCCCAUAGUUGCUGAUGCAGAGGCGGGAUUUGGGGGUGCUUUAAAUUGUUUUGAACUAAUGAAAGCCUAUAUCGAAGCUGGAGCAUCCGGUGUACAUUUUGAGGACCAAUUAGGAUCAGAGAAAAAGUGUGGGCAUAUGGGGGGAAAAGUUUUGAUCCCUACAGCCCAACAUAUUCGCCAUCUAAAUGCUGCACGUUUGGCAGCCGAUGUUUGUGGAGUACCAACAAUUAUAGUGGCUAGAACUGAUGCAGAAUCUGCACGUUUAAUUACUAGUGAUAUCGAUGAACGUGACCAUCCAUUCAUUGAUAAACACGCUGGAAGAACGGCUGAAGGAUUCUACCGUUUACGUGAAGACAAUGCCAUCCAAUCGUGUAUUGAACGUGCUAAAAGCUAUGCUCCUUAUUGCGAUUUAAUUUGGAUGGAAACUUCACAUCCAACUCUGACAGAUGCUAGAGAAUUUUCUGAGGGUGUAAGGAAGGUAGAAAAAUUAUUUUUAGAGGAACAAGAGCCUAUACAAGGAGGAGAACUAGAAAUCUCUCUCCAGACUGACCGAACUAGGAGGGUCUUACAAGAAUUGAGAUCGGUAUCUCGAAAAAUCUCUCAUUCUCAAUAA